UUUUUGAAUUCUGUAAUUGAAGGAGGGUUACUAACUAUAAUAACUGAGCCAAUCCCCAUCGUUGGAUCCACAUAAGAACUCAACGAGUUAUAAAACAAAAGAAACUACAGCGAGGGAUCCGAAUUUGAACGACGAAGAUCCAAAAUGACGGAUCCAAAUCUGGAUCUGCCAGAAUCUGGUUGGGAGGAACUGAGGAGAGAGGCUCAAAAGAUCGAGGGUGAUCUCGAUGUUAAACUCUCUUCUUAUGCUAAGCUCGGUUCAAGGUUCACCCAAGGAGCUUAUCUAGAUACUGGCUCUCCAACGGUUGGGUCAAGUAGGUCAUGGAAGUCUAUGGAAAUGGAAAUUCAAUCAUUGCUUGAGAAGCUACUGGACAUAAAUGAUUCCAUGAGUAGAUGUGCUGCAUCAGCUGCAUCGGUGACCCAGAAGCUUGCAUGGCAUAUAGACAUACUACAUGAGUUUAUUCAGGUUGAUAUUAGUUGA